GCUAGCAACCAAAUUUCCCGGGAACGGGAGGGCUGGGAAGCCAAGUCAUCUCUCUCUCUCUCUCUCUCUCUCUCUCUCUCAAAUCCCUAAACCCCCAAAUUUCUCGUGUUCUUCUCUCAAUCAAAACCCUAGAUUCUUCAGAGAAAUCCUUUUCUCAAUCCUUCCGCCAUAUCUAGAAAGGAUGGUGCUCACGAACUUCACUGGAAAUGGUGUCGGAUUUGGGUUUGGCAUUGGCUGUGGUUUUGGAGUCGGAUGGGGGUUUGGAGGGAUGCCUUUGCAUGCAUUUGGUCUUGGCAUAGGGGGCGGUUGUGGUGUAGGCCUUGGUCUUGGCUGGGGCUUCGGCAGCUCCUUCGGUUGUCAAUACAGAAAUUCCAAGGUUAGGUUUCGUGGCAUUGAAUUUGAUAGCAAAGUCAUCAAUGAAAAGCCCGAUCAAGAUGUUCAUACUUCCAACCUGGAUUUUCUUGGAUCUAGUGGGAAAAUGAUUGGGAUGGCCGAGGAGGCACAUGAUAUGUCCACGGGCUAGACUCUCUUUGAUGUUGUAGGCUCUGAGGAGGCCUGUUGUUUCUCUGUUUUGUAUUUUGGUAUCCGACUUUGUGU